CAUCUGUCAUCUAAACGUCAAAGUCGCAUGUGGAUUCGAGACUUGAACACACGUGAAACGUUUUGAAAAUAUAAAUAUUUCAUUUAUUGAGUAAUAUUAAGGUUAACCAAGCCGCUUUAUUGUAUAUUUAAAAGUAUGGUUGUAGCUAAAACAAUGAAUAAGCCCGUCCUUAAAGUUUCAAUGGAUUCAGAAUCAGACUCAUCAAGUGCUGAGGAAUCUGAGGCGUCAGAAAAUAAUGAAGUGGAAGAUAAUGAAGAAGCUGAAGAUGGAAUCGAGGCGGAUGCUGAAAGCGAUGGUGAUGAGCCUGACGGUGAGGAUGGGGAUGAGGAUGACGAUGAGAAUGAAGCGUCUGACGCAGAUGAGGAUGAAAGUGACGAUGCAGGCAGUUCACAAGACGCAUCAGACGAAGAUGAAGACGACAAAGGCCCUCUAGUUACCAAUGAAGGUUGGGCAGACUCUGUAGCAAAGAUCUUAGGAUCCACAAAGCCUAAAAAUAAGAAAACUUUAGUUUUAUCAAGAGCUAAAAAACACUCAGAAAUAGUAAAAGCUGUGAAGGAAGAGAAGCCUGCAUUUGAAGUUAUAGGAGAUGGGACUGAAGAGAAAAAGCCAGUAGUACUGAAGAAAGAAGCAGAGGUGUCAGAACCUCCAGCUAAGAAAGUGAAACAUGAAAAACCAUCAAUAAGAGUAAAACCAAACAUACUAGAAAAAGACAGAGAAAGAAUAUUAACUAAAAUAGCAACAAAAGGUGUAGUCCAACUUUUCAAUGCUGUUAGGAAUCAACAAAAGACAUUAGAAAAAGAAAUGGAUAGAAAUGAUUUGUCUGAAGGUAAAAAAGAAAAAAUAUUAAAAAAGUUUGAUAAGCGGGCCUUUUUGGACACACUAAUGGGACAGAGUAAAUCAGUUAUUGUGGAUGAAGAAGCAAAGGUUGCUAAGAGUGAAGUAAAAGAUGAGGACAAGCCUAGAUGGAGCGCUCUGAGAGAUGACUUCAUGAUGGGCGCUAAGAUGAAAGAUUGGGACAAAGAAUCAGUUGAUGAUGAAUGAAAAACAUUUGUUUUUAAUUUUAAGUACUGUUUUAAUAAAUAAUUGUAAAUAUCAAA